AAUGCGUUUUGUUAUUGACAUCUUAAUCGAUACAAUACCGAGUCUUAAAAGAACCAACGUCUGUAUAUGAGGCGUCAAAGGUUGCGAUGCUUUUCUGUGCUUUGGCUGCUCAUUGUAAAUUUUCUGCCUUGUUUGUGGAUAGGGGUUGCUCAAACCUUCUUUGGUAUUUGUUCUUGCCUAUUUACUAUCGGCUCUCUCCAGGGAAUGACAUAUCGGGUGAAGCUUAGCUGUUAAGAGGUCUAAUUUCUCAUUUACUUGGGUGACUAUAUUCAUCUACUCUGUUAAGUUUUUUUAUGGCCGAUUAAUGUUUUUUACGGAAUGAUGGAGCGUGUUUCUGCUCUUCCUUCAGAUGUGAUCUACCAGGUAGUUGAAUUAGCUCUUCAACUUCUUGAGUGCACACUGGAUCAAGCCAGGAAAAUUGCAGCCCUAUUUUUUGCUGUGCUGCAUUUGUUUUCGGGGUAGUUCUUGAUGCUUUUGAUUCUCAGGAUGGCUUACAGAAGUUACUGGGGCUUUUAAAUGAUGCUGCAUCCGUAAGGUCUAGAGUAAAUUCUGGGGCACUAGGACUCCCUAGUUCAGAAUCACUUCGGAAUGGCAGGUCACCUGCAGAAGUACUUACUUCAUCAGAGAAACAAAAAGCUUUCCGCACAUGUGUUGCCUUGCGGCAGUACUUCAGAGCACAUCUUAUUAUGCUUGUGGAUCCAAAUAAGAACACUCCAAGUGCAGCUCAGAAUCUUCCAAGUGUAAGGUCUGCUUUCAAGCCGCUUGACAUCGGUGAUGAAGCUGUGGAUGCAGUAUUCCUGCAGCUACAGAAGGACCGAAAGCUGGGUCCUGCAUUUGUGAGAACUCAUUGGCCUGCAGUAGAUAAGCUUUGGGUCCUAAUGGACUUAUUACUAUGUUGGAGUUAUGACAGGCUCCACCUGUUGAGCGUUAUUUACACGAUUACUUCAAUAUGCAUUGGGUGUUCUGCAUUUUGUUGCAUUGGUCCCUAGCAGCCGCAAGAUGAUUCGACAUUAAGCAAUAAUCGUGCAGCUGGUGGUAGCUAUCUGGACCUUGAGUUAAAGACCUGCUUAUGAGUCAUUUCUUACUUUGUAGUGUUGCUGUUCUGAUAUCAAUGCAUUUAAUCUGAUUUUCUAUUUGUCCCAGAUAUUCAACCGGCGCUUAAUGUGUAUGGCGAUGGAAUAGGCAGUAAGAAAUAUUUGAGAAUUAUAAUUGGGCGUGUCAUAUGUCGUAUUUAAGGUCAUCGAUAGUCGUUUAGACUUUCAAAAUGUUGUUUUAAUUUCUAUAACAAAAUUCGGACCUUUUGAUUUCUAUAUGAUUAAUGUAAUUUAAUUUUCGUUUUAAUUCCCUAAGCUUUUGAGUUGUCCAACGAAGUUGUAAAUGGCUUAUUUAAGUCGUUGAUGUUAUUAUUGUAACUCAUCUUUUCAAUCAACAAUCAAAGAUCCUUUGGGAUUUUUAUCAAA